AUGCCCCGAGUUCGCGUUAGUUCAAGCCAAAAUUGCCAUGAGAAGGAAGGUCGGCUCCUACUGGCUGUACAGGCUAUUAAAAAAAAGGAGAUUACAUCAAUACGCGAGGCAGCACGUCGCUUCAAUGUGCCUGAAUCUACACUACGUACGCGACUACGCGGGACUACAAAUCGCGCCGAAUCUCGCGCAAAUGGCCAUAAAUUGACUGAGAUUGAAGAGGAACGCGGAGCAGCUCCUACAAAAGCUCAUGUACGAGAAAUGGCUAAUAUUCUGCUUGCAAAGCCAAAGCAAGAGAACCCAAAGGUUAUUCAAGCAUGGUUUAACACCGUACGAGCCACAAUCGAACAAUACGGGAUCCUACCGGACGAUAUCUACAACUUUGAUGAGACUGGCUUUGCAAUGGGCCUUUGUGCACAUCAGAAAGUGAUUACCAAGUCAGAAUCAUGUGGCCGAAGACCAGUUCUACAGCCAGGAAACCGUGAAUGGGUUACUGCAAUUGAGUCAAUCAGUGCUUCUGGAUGGGCACUUCCACCAACACUUAUCUUUAAGGGCAAGCAGUAUAACCAAGCAUGGUUUACAGGCCUUCCGCCCGACUGGCGAUUUGAAAUUAGUACAAAUGGAUGGACAACUAAUGAAAUUAGCCUUCGCUGGCUUCAGAAGCAAUUUAUCCCGUCAACAGAGCAUCGUACGCGCGGAAGAUAUCAACUUCUAGUUCUUGAUGGCCAUGGAAGCCAUCUUACACCAGAGUUUGAUCAAAUCUGUACAGAUCAUAAUAUUAUACCACUCUGCAUGCCGGCACAUUCCUCCCAUCUUCUACAACCACUUGAUAUUGGAUGUUUUGCAGUUUUGAAGCGCUCGUACGCCAGCUUGGUUGAUCAGAAAAUGCGGCUUGGCAUCAGCCAUAUUGACAAACUUGAUUUCCUUGCAGCCUAUCCACAAGCUCGAAUCAGCACAUUUAAGCUGGAUACAAUCAGAAACAGUUUUCGAGCAGCAGGACUAGUGCCAUUGAAUCCUGAACCAGUGCUUUCAAAGCUUAGUAUUCAGGCUCGUACGCCUACACCCCCUGGAAGCCGUGGCAGCCAGGCAAGCACUUUUUGCCCACAUACACCAGCAAAUGUUGAUGAGCUUCUAAAGCAAGCUUCUUUACUCAGAGAUUUUCUCAAACAGCGCUCAAAAAGUCCACCAUCACCGUCCCAUAAUGCCCUAAACCAGCUAAUUAAAGGCUGUCAAAUUGCAAUGCAAAAGGGCAUACUAUUGGAGCAAGAGAAUAGGGCGCUACGUGCUGAAAAUGCUAUACAAAGGCGAAAGCGAGCUCGUACGCAUAGAUGGAUAGCUCAUGAUAAUGGUCUGUCUGUACAAGAGGCUACAGAGCUCGAGGAAGCUCAGUAA